UGAACUGAUCCAGAUCGCCAUCAGAUUUCGUCGAGUUGCCAUGGAGUCGUUGAGAUUCUCUCCCUCGAGCCCAUCUUCCAUUCGUACUGCUCAUAAGCUUGCUCCUACACUCGGCGCAGUCCAUCACAUUCGCAGCCAACGCAACUUUCAGCCGUACUCGACCGCUGUAUGCACCGCCUCCACGCUGGCGGCUUUCCUCCGCCGCCGUGCCACGGCGCGGCGGGUCCAAGGCGACCGGGGCAACGCCGACGGAGCCAUGGGGGAUCUGCAGAUGGCGCUGGCGAAGGUUCCGAAGCCCUUGUGGCCGCUGCUGAUGAACGCGGUGGAGGCCGCCGUAGACACUUCGACCACUUCGACCACUUCGACUUCCCUGGCGCAGUCCAUCAGCUCCGCCGCAGAGGGCGUGGCCACGUGGCGCCAGCGGCUGUCGCUGGGCCGCAUUUGGCGCGACGAGGAGGGCGCCAAUUGGCCACAGGAACCCACGCUGCGCGGUGGAUGGCAAGAUCUGCUGAGAGAGAAAGGUCUCCCACAGCUGGUGAAGAAAUAUCCCAAGUUGGUGGAUCCAUUGAUGGCCAGUCUGUUGGAAACCGUGGGCCAGUUCCAUGAGGAAGUGGAAGAGGCUGAGGCCCAAAAAUCGGACUCAGGUGAUGCCGAUGCUGAUGCAGCUGCAGAGGGACAGGGUCAACUGGGUCAACAGCAACAAAGCGAUGCUACCGACGAAGCUGCAGAUGGCGAAAAUGGCGAAAAUGGCGAUGAAUCUGAGGAAAAUGAGGAAAAGGAUGGGGAGAACCAGUCCAGCAACAUUCGUGAAGCUGUGGGUCAGAAGCUCAUGAAGAAACUCUCCGAAGAACUGGGCCCCGUGGCCGAUGCCAUCAACGCCGCAGACUCCGCUUUCGGCGCCGGUGCAGGGCAGGGGAUGGUGGAUGGCAUGGAGGGCGAUGGGUUCGGCUUGGCACAGGGCCAGUGGCACCAGAGUCUCAGUGAUGACCAAAACGAGGAGCUGCUUCAGCUGGCGAAGAUCAUGCGCGACAGUCCCGAGCUGCGCGAGCUGCUGCGGAACCUGGGCCGCCGCUCGGCGGUGCGGGGGCCGCUGCACAAGCUGCCGGAGGAGAUUUGGCAAGAAUCUGGUCCCGAAGGCGUGAUUCGCUCUCCUGCUGCCCCUGCUGAAGCCACAGGAGUUACGUUGUCAGGCAACUGGGACACCAUGCUGCCAAGUGAAGCGCAGUUGUUGGCGGCCAAGAGUCCCACGCUUCGUACUUUGCAUCACGCUCGACGCAUUGAGCAAUCCUUGCUAUGCUACGAUCGCAGCUCCUGGUUACAAGAUGACUCCAAAACCACAGGAAGGUCGGAGAUUAGGCCCCUGGGGAAAGCAGGUCCUCUCAUCGUGUGCUUAGACACCAGCGGCAGCAUGAUGGGCGAUCGCGAACUUCUCAGCAAAGCCCUAGUGGUGGAAUGUGUCAGGCAAGCACACCGCCAGCGGCGGCCGUGCUAUUUGUAUGCCUUUGCUGGGGCUGGGAACCUGAAUGAGCUGGAACUGGACUUGAGCCAAGAUGGUCUCAGGAAAGUUCUGAAAUUCCUUCGGCAAAGCUUCGGCGGCGGGACAUAUUUGGAAGAUGCUCUGGCAGAAGCGGCGAAGAAACUCGAGCAGCCAACCUGGCAAAAUGCA